AUGUACCAGGUCCCACUGCCGCUGGACCGGGAUGGGACCCUGGUCCGGCUCCGCUUCACCCUGGUGGCCCUGGUCACAGUCUGCUGUCCACUUGUCGCCUUCCUCUUCUGCGUCCUCUGGUCCCUGCUCUUCCACUUCAAGGAGACUACGGCCACACACUGUGGGGUGCCCAAUUACCUGCCGUCGGUGAGCUCGGCCAUUGGCGGAGAGGUGCCCCAGCGCUACGUGUGGCGCUUCUGCAUCGGUCUGCACUCGGCGCCCCGCUUCUUGGUGGCCUUCGCCUACUGGAACCACUACCUCAGCUGCGCCUCCCCGUGUCCCGGCUACCGCCCGCUUUGCCGCCUCAACUUCGGCCUCAAUGUCGUGGAGAACCUCGCACUGCUAGUGCUCACCUACGUCUCCUCUUCUGAGGACUUCACCAUCCAUGAAAAUGCUUUCAUUGUGUUCAUCGCCUCAUCCCUCAGUCACAUGCUCCUAACCUGCAUCCUCUGGCGGCUGACCAAGAAGCACACAGUAAGUCAAGAGGAUCGCAAGUCCUACAACUGGAAACAGCGGCUCUUCAUCAUUAAUUUCGUCUCCUUCUUCACGGCUCUGGCUGUCUACUUUCGGCACAACAUGUACUGUGAGGCUGGAGUAUACACGAUUUUUGCCAUCCUGGAGUACACGGUCGUCCUGACAAACAUGGCGUUCCACAUGACAGCGUGGUGGGACUUCGGGAACAAGGAGCUGCUCAUUACCUCCCAGCCUGAGGAAAAACGGUUCUAA